UCAUAUUCUAAGUGAAGGCAAGGUUGGUAUUGAGAGAGAAGAGAGGGAAGUGCAGUGAUUCAGAAAUUAACACAAUGGACCAACCCCAACUCUUACACGACCCAACCUUCCCACUCUUCAAAAUCCCAAGCAAAACCCCACCCAAACCCCCCUCACUCCCCACCGCCGCCGCCACCGCCACCGCCACCGUCGCCGCCGCCGAGCGCGUCGAAACCCCCGACGCUGACGCCGACACCUUCGAAGACCUCGGGCUCGCGGAAUGGGCGGUGACGACGUGCCGGGAGCUCGGGAUGCGGAAGCCGCGGCGCGUGCAGCAGCGGUGCAUCCCGCGGGUGCUGGAGGGCCGCCACGUGCUAGGCAUCGACGAGACCGGCAGCGGGAAGACGGCGGCCUUCGCGCUCCCCAUCCUGCACCGCCUGGCCGAGCACCCCUUCGGCGUCUUCGCCCUCGUCGUCACGCCCACGCGCGAGCUCGCGUUCCAGCUCGCCGAGCAGUUCCGCGCGCUCGGCUCCGCCGUGCGCCUCCGCAUCGCGGUGGUCGUCGGCGGCAUGGACAUGCUCCGGCAGACGAAGGAGUUGGCCGCGAGGCCGCACCUCGUCAUCGCCACCCCUGGCAGGAUUCACCUCUUGCUCCGCGAUAACCCUGAUAUUCCUCCUGUUUUCUCCAGAACUAAGUACCUUGUCUUGGAUGAAGCAGAUCGAGUCCUGGAUGUUGGUUUUCAGGAAGAAUUGAAGUUUAUUUUUCAAUGCUUACCAGAAAAUCGGCAAAAUCUUUUCUUUUCUGCAACAACUACAAGUAAUCUGCAGAAGUUGCGUGAUCGUUACCGAGAUAAGAUGUAUGUCUUUGAGGCAUAUGAAGGCUUUAAAACAGUUGAAACACUUAAGCAACAGGUUAUAUUCAUUCCUAGAAAGGUGAAGGAUGUAUAUUUGAUGCACAUUUUGUCUAAAAUGGAAGAUAUGGACAUUCGGUCUGCCAUCGUAUUUGUCUCAACAUGCAGAGAUUGUCAUCGUUUAAGUUUAAUGCUUGAAGUGCUUGAUCAAGAAGCAGCAGCUCUAUAUUCAUUCAAAUCACAAGCUCAGAGGCUUGAAGCACUUCAUCAAUUUAAAUCAGGAAAGGUUUCUGUACUGCUUGCUACUGAUGUUGCUAGUCGCGGUUUGGAUAUUCCUACAGUUGACCUUGUUAUCAAUUAUGAUGUUCCAAGGUUUCCACGAGAUUAUAUUCAUCGUGUAGGUCGUACAGCAAGAGCAGGUAGAGGGGGACUGGCUUUGAGCCUUGUCACCCAGAAUGAUGUUGAACUUAUUCGUGAAAUUGAAGCUCUUAUUGAGCGGCAACUUGAAAUGAUUGAGUACAAGGAAAAUGAGGCGCUUUCUCUCAUGAAAAAGGUUUUCAGUGCUAAGAAUGUAGCGGAAAUGAAGAUGAUAGAUGAUGGCUUUGAGGAUAAAGCUAAAGAGCGGAAAAAACAGAAGCUGAAAAUGCUAGCAGAGAAAGGAUUGUUAAAGAAAAGAAGUAAAAAGAGAAAACGAAAUAAAGAGUUUGCAGAGGAAGGGGAAGAACAAAAAAAACAGGUUUUCAGUGCUAAGGAUGUGGCAGAAAUGAAGAUGACGGUAGAGGAGGGCAUUGGGAAGAAAGCAAAAAAAGGGGGUAAACAAAAACUGAAAAUGCCAACAGAGAAAGGUUUGUUAAAGAAAAAAAAAGUUGAAGGAAAGAAAUAAAGAAAAUGCUAAUGAAGGGAAAAAACAGAAAAAACAGGAGGUUGAAGCAUUAGCAGAUAUAGCAACACCAAAGAAACGGAAUAAGAAGAGAGAGUAAAUUAGUAUAUUUAAGGGAAUUAGUACCAAAGGACAAUUUGUGAGAACGGAAUGAAUAUUUGAAGGAAAGGGCCUGAAAGUGGUUAAAAUCAAAGCAGAAAGGGAAGAGAUGUAUGAAUGAAAAAAGUGGAAGCAAAUUAGCGAAUUGGUAAGUAAUAUUUGCCCACAAUUUUUUUGUAUUCACGUCUUUCAAGGAUGGCAGAUUUCGAUUGUCGGAGCAGACGUGAUAUUAAUACAAGUUUACACUUGCGUAUGCUAAUUACAAUUACGAUUUUGGCAAUCAGCAUAACAUUAUAUCUCAGGAGUUGAAUACGUUAUAAUAGUCGAAUAUCUGGUGGAAAUUCUAGGGUUUGUUUUCCCUUGGAAUCUUAUAUAAUGCCUUUAAAUCUAAUUGUAUUGGAUAUAUAUUUUGGCUUUUUUUAUUUGGGAUCGUUUAAUCUUUGAGGAAAAAUUAGGACCAAACCGUGCAAUAGUAUUCCUGCCCAUUAGAAGAGGGAACCAUCUUUGAUUUUGCAGGCAAUUAGUUAAGUGAAUUAAUUUGUUGUAAACAUUUGGUUUAUUCGUUCUUUUAAGUUUAAAGAUAGAUUUUAGAA